AUGGCCCACUCGUCACCUUCCAUGCAGCCUUCGGUGCAGCUGCCUUCUCCACAGCCCCUCGACGACCAGCCAGGACUCGAGGUCGUGCCGCACGAUAACCUCCCCGAAGUUCGACCCGAGGAAGAGCCAAAGUUCUAUCUGUCACUGGCUCAAUAUCAAGAUCAAAAGAUCAUCCUCGGCGAAGAUUAUCCCCAGGUAGUCGACGGCAACGGGGAAAUAGAGGUUGGUAGCCCAGCUUCAACAGAAAAGGGCACGCUUCCUCCUGUCAGCAAAUCCUACCAAAGGCGAAAAUGGUGGAUUAUUGGCGGUACUGCUUGUGCAGUAGUUGCCAUUGUUGUCGGCGUUACUCUAGGUGUUGUGUUAUCACUGAAAGCCCGCAACAAUGAUGGCAACGCCGCCUUAAAUGGCACGUCGGGACCAGAAACCAUCCGCCAAGGCUCAAAGCUCUCAGCAGCGGGCUGGCGCAAAGCAAAUGGUUAUGUUGAGAGGUACCUCUUUUAUCUCGACCCUCAAGAUCAGACGCUCGCGAAGUAUCACCGGCAAGGGCAAUUCUACCUCCACAUGGGAAGUGCUGCCAGUGCUUGA